AUGAGUGUUGGGAAAUUUAAACGGUCAAAUGGAGAACCCGCUUUCGCACAAGUGUGCGCGGUGCCAAGCAUACCGGCACUGCUGCGGCCGCAGUUUGAAGUCAUUCGUGAGGAGAAUAUCGAGGCUCUGAAUCGUCGCAUGGGACGUACCGAAGCCUCUCGGAUGGAAGCGGAAAAGAUCAAGGAAAGGUGCGCACAGGCGCGGGAGCAACGCAGCAGGAGGCUGCAAGAAAGAAUCGAAACAAUACAGAAAAGAUCGGUGCGAUUAGCAAGUGCUGCAGCACUACGUGAGGAAAGACGGCUGAAGGCAGAAUGGCGUCAAAUGUGCCGCUGGUAA